AUGAUCGAAGGAGAAGAUAAUUAUGAAGAGGAGGAAGAAACUCCCAUGUUGGGGUUAUCUUCUUUAAAGCUCACUGUUGAACAAGAACUCAUCCAUGGAGUUUCUGCCACCAAUGAUCACAACAACACAAUAAGAACAGGAACACUAUGGAGUACAGUUGCUCACAUCAUCACUGCAGUGAUCGGAUCCGGUGUACUUUCUCUUGCAUGGAGCAUGUCACAACUAGAUUGCUACAGAUCACCCGACCCCAUUAAUGGAACUCGAAACCAAACUUAUACAGAAGCAGUUCGAGUCAUCUUGGGUGAAAAACAGGCGUUGCUAUGUGGUUGGCUUCAGUUUCUUAACUUCUUUGGGACUGGUGUUGCUUAUGUGGUUACAACCUCAACUUGUAUGAUAGCAAUUCAGAAAUCAAAUUGUUACCAUAAAGAAGGGCAGGAGGCUACAUGCGAAUAUUCGGGAAAUCUUUAUAUGUUUUUGUUUGGAGUUAUACAGAUUGUGAUGUCACAAAUACCUGAUUUUCAUAGCAUGGUGUGGGUGUCCAUUGUUGCUGCUAUCAUGUCGUUUUGUUACUCGUCCAUUGGUUUAGGACUUGGUGUCGCUAAAGUAAUUGAAAAUGGUAGAAUUGAUGGAAGCAUCAAUGGUGUCCCAGCUGGCAAUGUACCUCUAAAACUAUUGUUAGCUUUUCAAGCGCUUGGGGAUAUCGCGUUUGCUUAUCCGUAUUCCAUAAUUUUUCUUGAAAUACAGGAUACCAUUAAGUCGCCACCACAGGAGAAUAAAACUAUGAAAAAGGCAUCGGUUAUUGCGAUUAUAGUGACUACAUUCUUUUACUUUGGAUGUGGAUGCUUUGGAUAUGCAGCAUUUGGAAACAGUACACCAGGAAACCUGUUAACUGGAUUUGGGUUUUACGAGCCUUACUGGCUUAUUGACUUUGCUAAUGCUUGCAUCAUUCUACAUCUAAUCGGAGGAUACCAACUAUACAGUCAGCCGGUGUUUGCAUAUGUAGAAAGAUGGAUAACUGAGAAGUUCCCAGAAUCUGUAUUUCUAACGAAAAUCCACCACUUGAAGCUUCCAUUUUUGCCAGAUUUACAACUGAAUCUAUUCAGAUUAUCGUUCAGAACAGCAUACGUUGUGUCAACAACUGGAAUCUCAAUGGUGUUCCCAUACUUCAACGAAAUAUUGGGUCUCUUAGGGGCUUUGAAUCUAUGGCCAUUAGCAAUAUAUUAUCCAGUGGAAAUGUACAAAAAGCAAAGAAAGGUGGAAGCUUGGAGCACAAAAUGGAUUGUUCUACAAAUUUUUAGCAUUGUUUUAAUGGUGGUGUCAGCAGUAGCUUUAAUUGGAUCAAUUGGAGGAGUCAUAGAAGCAAAAACUAGCUAA